AUGUCAGUCUCGACACUCUACGAGAUAUGUUUGACGAGUGUAUUGAAAAAUUCCUUUUUAAAUUUCAUAAAUUUCAAUCAAUUACCGAAUACUUGUUUACGUGAUUUACUUCCGUACUUGUCUCCUGCUGAACUCGAACGUCUCGAUGUAAUUUACGCUCAACGACACAUUCCGAUAAAUGAUCUUUGGCGUCGUCAUUUUGAAUUGAUAUGGUCUUUGUCUCGAGAUGAUAAAGAUUCGUACGACUCGUUGUCUAUUAUCCCAUAUAAACGUCUCUAUUUCGAGUAUCUCUUUCAUGAUACACAAAUUUUACAAUUAGGAAUCUAUGCACAUCUCUCAUCUCUGAAUCAAUCAAAAUCGAUUAUAAAUCUCUCCUUUGUUGAGCAAAUUAAGUACAAUUUAACAAGAGAUUCAAUCGUCUAUUGUUCGAAACGAAGGUUAGAAAAUGAAAAUCAAAGUUUGCUCGUCAUUUGGAAGCAUCAAUGGAAUAAAUAUAUUAAACGCUUCAUCCUUGUACCAAAUGUUUGGAAUUUAGCUGAAAUCGAUCCACUUCUAAUUGAAUGUUUUACUGAGAAUGUCACUGAUAUUGUUCUCAGCGGUUAUCCUACGGAAAAUGAUAUUCACGGCAUGAAAUUUAUUUUAGAUGUCCUUACGCGUGGUCACAUCACAAAUAUUGUACUUAAAUUUCCAUCCUACUGUUUAAUGAACAUUCUAUUACCUUUCUUCAUCUAUCCUCGUUCGUAUUCGCUAUCGUAUCUGUCGACAGGAAAAGAGGCGGAUAUGAAACCAUCGAAUAUUUUCACACAGAGUUACAUUUUACCACGUCGCAACAAGAAAGCUUGUCUAGAAGUACAAAUUCAUUCUACCGACGUCUCGAGCGAUCUCAAAAGAAUCUUAUCGACUCACAAUUCAUUUUUUGAAGAAGAUGACCAACAUUCGAUCGACACGACACGCGCAAUUGUAUCGAACUCUAUGGAUAGUUUACGCGAUUCUAUUGAUCUCUUACCGAGCCCACCGAAUACCGCCGUUCAUGUACAUUCAUCAAUAUUACAAGUUAGAAAUGAUUUACAAGAGCAGCUGAGUUCACAACCAAACAGACCGUCACAAAGCCAUGCACCAGUAAUUGAUUUAAAUCCUAUCAUUAGGUCAAUGAACACCGAAAGACUAACAGCCGAACCAUACGAACGUCUUCGACCGUAUUUAAAUCGUUCGCAAGCACCAUUACGACACUCGAUCUUUCCGCCACUUUUAACCCCUGCUCGUCAUCUAUCCAUUUCGGAGCAAUCAAUCCUCGUCGACAUAUCAACGACGACAACGACGAAUAAUAAUCUGAUAGAGCCAUUUUUUUCUAGUGACAGUAAUUUACACCUACGUCCUGCGAUGGCACUUACAACAACUCCAACAAAGACGAUCCAACCCCGACGAGAAACUAAAACUGCCGAAGAAAAAUAUCUGCUAUUUCAUAUAAGUCCAGAGAAUCAAACAAAUUCGCUGACAAAUCUUUCUGUCUAUUACGUUUCAUCAAUUGAAAGUAUCCAUAUGAUCGCGAUUACUCUGCUAGGUAUGAGUCAACUACAACAUUUGACUCUGGUCAAUUUUGCACUUUAUUCAUCUGAAUUGGAAACAAGUCUAAUCACUCUAUGUACUCGCUCUCAAUUACGAACAUUGCACUUAACAAGUAUUUCCUUAGCGCACGGUGCUAUAGGUUUUCUCUUUCAUUUCUUUCAAAAUCCAAUUCUUAAUCUUAAACGUUUGCGACUCGAAGCAAUAAAAGUUUUUACUUCAAUAAAUCAUAGUAUUCACCUGUCUGACAUUGAACAAGCCACAUUCAAUGCGAAUACUUCAUUAGAGCAAUUCAUCUGGCGAGAACGUCAUAUGCAAUAUAUUCAUAUACGCUUAUUGUAUAAACUAUUACCGAAUAUCAUGUCAAAACUCGAUCGUCUUGAACUUUCGUCUAUCCUUGAAUGUUCUGUUCUCGAUCAAUUUCAAUGGUGUCAAACAUUUCUCCAUCAUAUCGCUGAUAUUCGCCUUCGAAAUUUUCGUAUUCGAUCAAUCAAUCUUGCUCGAUUAUUUCUCACAUUGAAUACUCCCUGUGUUUUAACGAUAUUUCAUUUUGAACGCGUGGGUUUAACAUGGAACAACGAUCAACAAUCUGGUGCUAUAAACGAAGCAUUCACUUCAUUAAUUCUGCACGCUAAACAUCUAACAGAACUCAGUUUAGCCUACAACAAUCUCAAUCAUAAUUUCAUUCAAUGGUUUUGCCAAAUCUUGUUACACAAUGAUAGGGAUGAUCUUCGUAGUCAGAAGACAUCCUGGUGGUCGAUCAUUCACCUAAAUUUGACAUUCAAUCUAAUAUCAAGCGAAUCGAUACGAAGACUUUAUCACGCUUUGAUAGAGUAUAGAGAUCGAUGGCGAAUAAGUGCUUCACCUAUUCGACGAAUAGAUAUUUUAGGUAAUGCGAUUGAAAUGAGAGAAAUUCCGAAUUUAAAGAAACAAUUUAACGCACUGAGUUGCGAUCUUAUCUCGUAUAUGUUGACUUAA